UCAAUUAAUUUUUUUUUUCUUUUUACGUACUUAUAGACCCAUUCAACGGACGUCAUAUAUAUGGGGCUUGAACUGGUAAAUUUUUUACCAAGUUUCUUUCAUCUGCAACUAUUUAAUCUCAGCUCUGCAGCUUUUAUAAUGACCCUUUAAAACACAACAACAACAAUGGAAAGCAAGCUUUAUGAAGCAGCAGCAGAAGGGAAUGUAACUAUUUUCUUAGAAUUAAUUCGACAGGAUCACUUGCUUCUUGAUAGAGUGCUGGUUAAUUAUGUCAUCGAAACUCCUUUACAUGUUGCAGCAAUGCUUGGACAUACAGAUUUUGCGAGGGAGAUUAUACAAAGGAAGCUAGAGUUCACCAGAGAACUAGAUUUAAGGGGUUCAUCACCUCUUCACUUGGCAUCAGCCAAAGGGUAUGUCGACAUAGUUAAAGCAUUGCUAUUUGUAAACCCUGACAUGUCCCUGGCUGUUGAUAUAGAAGAAAGAAACCCUCUUCAUCUUGCAGCCAUGAAAGGCCAGGUUCAUGUUUUGAAUGAGCUAGUCCGUGUUAGACCGCAAGCGGCUCGAGUCAUUAUGUCAUGGGGAGAGACCAUAUUGCAUUUGUGUGUCAAGUAUGGACAAUUUGCGUCUUUCAAGGCAGUGGUUGAAGUAAUGAACAAUCAAGAAUUUGUGAAUGCUAAAGAUGAUUAUGGCAUGACAGUUUUGCACCUAGCUGUUGCUUACAAGCAAAUUGAGACAAUAAAAUUUUUGCUUACCAGUACUAGCGUUGAAGUAAAUGGUCUAAAUGCAAAUGGUUUAACUGCAUUGGACGUUCUUGCACGAAGUAGGAGAGGAUUGAAAGACUUUGACAUUGCUGAGUCCCUUCGAGAUGCCGGAGCUCUAAGAGCCGCAGAAAUUUCGCAUUGGAGGAUUGAAACAACACCUCUAAUUGCUCAAAAUGUUGCAGCCAACCAACCAGACAGAGAAUAUCAGUGGGUGCAAAAGACUUGCAAGAAGGAAGAUUGGCUAACAAGAAAGCGAGAUUCGUUGAUGGUGGUGGCAUCACUUAUGGCAACAAUGUCUUUCCAAGCUGGACUAACCCCUCCUGGUGGUUUAUGGCAAGAGGAUUUCACAGGAACAGCCACCGAGAGAUCUCACAAAGCAGGAACUUCAAUAAUAGCAGAUACGAACCAAAGCUAUUACAGUCAGUACCUUGCUGCCAACACAAUAAGUUUCAUGGCAUCGAUGAGCAUCAUCUUGCUUCUGAUUACUGGAUUGCCUUUCAAACGAAGACUUUUCAUGUGGAUUUUGACCGUGAUUGUGUGGAUAUGCUGUGAUAGCGUGGAUUGGGAUGAUGGCUCUUCUUCUUUUGGCCCACACCAUUCGCCUGAUUGUAAAUGUUUUCAACAAAGUAGAAAAUGUAAAAGAGGAAACGCAAAAGCCGCCACCACCACUAAGCUACACGAAAAAUAUAAACUAUAAUCAUUAAAGUGAUAAAGAUUCAUAGCACUGGAUUCUAUUUGUUGGAAGCAUAAUAAUAAAAAUAACUCAAAUACUAAUUUUAUUAC